ACAGUAUUACCUGAACAUGGGUUUCCAACAAGUAUGCCCUCAAAAACGCAAAUGUGUAAAUGUUUGCCGUCGCUCAAAAUGCCCACGCUUAAACAUGGCUCUUAUUUUGAAGGCGGUGACCGGAAGCGGCGAGGUUCGCUGUCGCUAACUUGCCCCUGGUUUCUUGGCUCGCUGCAAAGGACACAAUGCCUUUCCACAGUGAGGACCUUUCGGCGUGCGCGGCGUGUCUGAGCUGAAAACAGAUGCGGGAGCUUCGCUGGACGACCCAGAUGUCGAGCAGACCGCGGAGAUCGGGUCCCAGAUAAGAGCAGAAGUCCCCCGCAGGGACCAUGGGACUGCCGGAGCUGCUGCUCGGACUGCUGUGGUUCCGCUCCGCUCUGCUCUGCGCAGGCUGCAGUGAGCGAGUGGAGGUCCAUACAGAGCGGAGGGGUGUGAUCUACAGUCCCUCCUGGCCUUUAAACUACCCCCCUGGAGUCAACUGCAGCUGGCAUAUCCAGGGGGGUCAGGGAGAGGUCAUUACCAUCAGUUUCCGGAACUUCGACGUGGCGGAGUCGGGAAGUUGUCUGGGAGACUGUCUCCUGCUGACCCCGACGUGGAGCGGGGAAUCCAGGCUGUGUGGCUCUGUCCUGCCUCCACCCUUCAUCUCCACCAGGGGGCGUGUUUGGCUCUAUUUCCACUCUCAGGCCAAUAGCUCCAGCCAGGCCCAGGGCUUCCGCCUCUCUUACAUCAGAGGUCAUCUGGGUCAGAGCAGCUGUCAGUCAGAUGAAUUUCUGUGUGGGAACGGGAAGUGUCUUCCUCGCUCCUGGAAGUGCAACGGCCAGGAUGAAUGUGGCGAUGCCACCGACGAGCGCAGCUGCUCCCCCCCUCCCACUGAGGCCCAGCCUGGCCUCUGCCCCUUCGGCUCCCUCCCGUGCACCGAGGCCCAGUCCACCCGCUGUCUGCCUGCCGCCCUGCGCUGCAACAGAGCCCGUGACUGUCCUGAUGGCACAGACGAGCUGGGUUGCCCUGACACCACCUGUGGCAAACGUCUGGGGAACUUCUACGGCUCCUUUGCUUCCCCGGAUUUUUUCCGGGCUAACAGGAGCGCUGUGACGGAGCUGAGGUGUUCCUGGUUGCUGGACACCCAGGACCCCAAGCCCAUCGUACUGCAGCUGGACCUGCGGCUGGGGCCCGGAGACUCGCUGCAUGUGUACGAUGGCCUGCUGCAGCGGGCAGAGCACCUCUUACAGGUGUUGUCAUAUCAUAACAACAGGCGCCCAGCGCUGCUGGAGUCGAGUCGGGGACAGAUGAGUGUUUUGUACAUGGCCCAGCCUCACAGCCCUGGACAUGGCUUCAAUGCCACAUACCAGGUCAAAGGUUACUGUUUUCCUGGCGAGCGUCCCUGUGGCAGCGAUCAGGGCUGCUACUCUGAACGCCAACGCUGCGACGGCUACUGGCACUGCCCAUCAGGACGCGACGAGGAGGCCUGCCCGACGUGCCCAGAUGGGGAGUUCCCCUGCGAGGGUGGUACCGGAGUGUGCUACCCGGCCUCCGAGCGCUGCAACAACCAGAAGAGGUGCCCGGAUGGGUCUGACGAGAAGAACUGCUAUGACUGCCAACCCGGAAACUUCCACUGUGGGACUAACCUGUGCAUCUUUGAGACGUGGCGGUGUGAUGGCCAGGAGGACUGCUUGGACGGGAGCGAUGAGAGGGACUGCCUGGCGGCGGUGCCCAGGAAAGUGAUCACGGCCGCCCUGAUCGGCAGUCUGGUCUGCAGUCUGCUGCUGGUCAUUGCCCUUGGCUGUGCCCUAAAACUCCACUCGCUCAGGAGCAGAGAGUACAGAGCUUUUGAGACUCAAAUGACUCGCAUGGAGGCCGAGUUUGUUCAGAGAGAGGCCCCCCCUUCGUACGGCCAGUUAAUCGCCCAGGGUCUCAUCCCUCCGGUGGAGGAUUUCCCGGUGUACAACCCCACCCAGGCCUCCGUAUUACAGAACCUGCGGUUGGCGAUGCGCAGGCAGAUCAGACGCCACUCGACGCGACGCACCAACUCCUCCUCCUCUCGACGGCGUCUUGGGCAUCUGUGGAGUCGCCUGUUCCACAGUGGAGGACGAACCAGAGGCCACGCCCCCCUGCUUGACCCCCCUGGACCUACACAGAUCACACUGGGGCUCCAUAGCUACCGAACUGUGGGUGUGCAAGGGCCCCAGGCAAGGGCCAGGUCUGGAGCUGGGCUCGGGGAUGAGGUCAAUGUAGUUGGUAUGCCAGGCUCUUGCUGCUCAGCCAACAUGGACAUGCAGCCCUACACGCCUGAAAGCCCUGCCUCACCUCUGUCCUUGCAGUCAGUGGACAGUCCAGAGGAGGAGGACCUGUCACCUGUCAGCAGCAGGGCUCCGCAGUCUGAGCCCGCCACCCCUGUUCAGAGUGACUGUUCUGCCCAUAGCAGACCGCCUCUCACUCCCCAGGAGGCCUCUGUACCCCCAUGCCACCCCCGGGCAUCUAGAAAGCUGGUUCUGGAGCUUGCUGUUAACCUAAAGGGUGUUUCCUUGAGACGUUACUCCCCCUUGGGGCCUUUGUCCCCUAUCUCACCCCCUGUGUUUCCCAGCAGCUCGCAGACGUCUACAACCCACCCUCACACCCAAGGGCUGGAGGUGACUUCACCUCCCGAGCCCUCGUCUUCUGCGAAAGCAGAGGACAGCGAUAGCCACUUUACCGUGGAAGUGCCAUGCAGGGAAUUAAGAAGCAGGGAUGAGAGGAGGAGGGAGGGCAAGAGCAGACUCUGCAGGUUCAGGACCUUCAGUGAUGAGGGAGGAGAUUCAGGGAGAGAGACAAGGCCAAACUUUUAGAAGAGUUUAGGAAGAUGCUCUCCUACCCCUCUCUCUGUUGAGACCUGGUGUCAGCAAUAUCUGCUCUGCUAAAGUGUCCUUGAAGUGUGUCCUACCAGACCCAGAGGUGAGACCCGUACCAUAUCCCACCACAUGUAGGGGGCACAGUACAAUAUAAUUAGGUCAUGACCCUUUCAACACUUUGAAUGCAUAAAAAUCUGCACAUGCACAAAAUUAUGCAUAUGCAGUCUUUUCCUAAGAUGAAUAAAACCAGCGUUGGUAGUGCUUAUGGUGUGUGCUGUAAUGUAAAUCUUUUUGUCAAACAGGAGCUUAAUGUUGACCCCCACAGUUCAGUGCAAACAGACAACCUUGUUUAACCUGUUUAGACAUAAACUCAUCACGAGCCUGUCCCAGAAAUUCAAACUCAAUUCCGGCCACCAGUACCAAUACAAUAUUGACAACGCCAAAGCAGCCUUUGUGUCGUUACCCAGAGCCAUUAUGCACCGCUAUAUACUGUGAACCAUAAAAGCCUAUUAAGUGAUCACAUAUGAAUUUAUCGGAUUAAUGGUCCCCUACUCUGUCCUAUUCCCACUCUUUUGUUUGAGGUGGUGUUAGUUUUGUUAUUGCAUAACAAGGUCAUGGUUGGCUGUCGCAGUUAAGGAAAAAGCUGGCAAUAUUUUAGAUCUUUUCUAUUUGUCAACAAAUCAUAUGAAAAAGCUAAAACCAAAAUGUGUCCUACUACAACUAAUACUUUUGAACUUCACCAGCCUGUGUAUAUACUUAAAUUUAUUUUAAAGGCUAAAUAAUUUCCCAAAACUGAAAUCUUCAAAAAACGACAUUUGUCGGAGACUAUUUUCAGCCGUGCAUUAAUACACAGUUGGUGCAUGUUUAUGGUAAUGAUGCAACAUGUCACCCAGUGCUACAGUGGGGCUCAUUGGUGUGGUUUUAAUAGUUUUUGGAUAACCAUGGUGUCUGUGAGA